ACUCUGUUGUUGUUUCUCCUCCAGAGGACAGCGUGGUGCAGGAGUUUCUCUCCACAGAUGUCUGCUAUAGGAUUUCUGAUAAGUACUUAUUGGCCAUGGUGCUGACGUACUUCAAGCGCGCCGCGCUGCCCACCAGCGAAUACACCCGCAUCAACCUCUUCACUGCACUAUACCUGGCCAACGACAUGGAGGAGGACGAGGAGGAGCACAAGUACGAGAUCUUCCCCUGGGCUCUGGGCCGGGGCUGGCGCCGCCUCUUCCCCCGCUUCCUCCGCCGCCGUGACCGCCUCUGGGCCCGCAUGAGAUACAGGGCUGCGGUCAGCAGGCACUGCUGCGACGAGGUCAGCCCCCAAAUCCCCUCAUCUCAUCCCCAAAUCCCCUCAUUUCCAUCUCAAAAUCCUCUCCGGGUGGGUGGGAAUGGAGAGGAGAUGGGCUGAGCGGUGAUGGCACGGAGCUCGAGCUCCAUCUCUGCUUUCAGGUGGAGCGUUUCCCAUCCAAACCCAAAAUGCUUCUUUUUGGAAUGUGGUUUUCCAUUCUUAACUGAUUUUGGGGGGAGAUUUGAGCUCAGUCUUAAGUCUAGAAAGUGGCAUUUUGGGGCU